ACAUACACAUUCACACACACACACACACACUCACUAUCAUCAUUUCCAGCUGCUGCUUCAGAGAAGAACUGAGGAAUCUCUCUGCUCACACUCUUCGGUUCAACAUGGACCUGCGGAAAUUUCUGCUUUUUCUUGCAGUCGCCGCCUUCAAAGUGAAAGUUUCUCUUCAAGGGCCAAACCAGCGCAGACUGUACAAAGACCUGAUGACUGACUACAACCCAUUGGAGAGACCAGUCGUCAAUGACUCUCAGACUCUCACUGUUCACUUCGGCCUCACCCUCAAUCAGAUCAUGGAUGUGGAUGAGAAGAAUCAAGUUUUAACAACCAACAUUUGGCUCCAACUGUACUGGGAUGAUAAUUACCUCAGCUGGAAUCAAUCAGAAUAUCCAGGUGUGACCAAAGUGAGAUUUCCUGAGCAUCUGAUUUGGAAGCCAGAUAUUCUGCUGUAUAACAGUGCUGAUGAAAGAUUUGAUGCUACUUUCCGCACCAACAUUGUGGUCAAUUCUUCAGGGUCCUGCUCCUACAUACCUCCAGGCAUCUUCAAGAGCACCUGCUACAUCGAUGUGCGCUGGUUCCCGUUUGAUGUCCAGAGAUGUGACCUGAAGUUUGGCUCCUGGACGUAUGGGGGCUGGUCUCUGGACUUAAAGAUGAUAGAGGCAGACAUCACCGGCUACAUCGCCAACGGAGAGUGGGAUCUUGUCGAGGUUCCAGGACAGGUGAACCAGCGUUCCUACGAGUGCUGUGAGGAGCCGUACCCUGACAUCACCUACACCGUGGUGAUGCGGAGACGGACCCUCUACUACGGCCUCAACCUGCUCAUCCCGUGUGUCCUCAUCUCCACUCUGGCCCUGCUCGUCUUCCUUCUGCCCGCCGACUCUGGGGAGAAGAUCUCACUGGGCAUUACCGUCCUGCUCUCCCUGACUGUCUUUAUGCUGCUGGUUGCAGAGAUUAUGCCCGCCACAUCAGACUCGGUGCCUUUAAUAGCUCAGUACUUUGCCACUACCAUGGUCAUUGUUGGUCUCUCAGUAAUUGCUACAGUUCUAGUCUUACAAUAUCACCACCAUGACCCUGAUGGAAGCAAGAUGCCGAAGUGGACCCGUGUGUUCCUGCUGAACUGGUGUGCCUGGUUCCUGCGCAUGAAGCGCCCAGGUGAGGACCGAGUGCGUUCAGCUUGUCAAAACAAGGCUCCACGGACCAGCCUGACCAGCAUGGAGCUCAGUGGUAGCGCCUCAGCCCCCCAAUCCACAAACGGAAACAUGCUUUAUGUUGGCAUCCAUGGUCUGGAGAGCAUUCACUCCACAGCUGCCACCUCGCCUGACUCCGGGGUCCUCUGUGGACGACUGGUCGCACGAGCAGGUGAGGAAGAGAUGCUCCUCCCCACGGGUCACAGCUCCUCAGUGGGCAACGUGGAACCAGACCUGACCAAGAUCCUGGAGGAGCUGCGCUACAUUGCCAGACGCUUCCGCAACCAAGACGAGGACGAGUCUGUGUGCAAUGAGUGGAAAUUUGCUGCAUCUGUUAUCGACAGGCUCUGUCUCAUGGCUUUCUCCGUCUUCACUAUCCUCUGCACCAUUGGGAUCCUCAUGUCAGCACCCAACUUUGUAGAGGCCAUUUCCAAAGACUUUUUUACUUAAGACUUUAUCAUGAAAUAAAUGUUUCAGCUAAAUUUGGUAAGUCAUGGUGUGGCAAUUUGUAUACAGUUAAGUCUCCUAGUAUGAGACUUGUAUAUCAACAAAUAUUAAUAAUACUUAAAUUUAGGCAAAAUGUAGGCUAUGUGACGCAUAAAUAGUUUAGUUUAUGUGUUACAUGAUGGUGGUAAAAAAUACCAGCUUUUGCUUUUUAUAUGAGAUAAACUAAUGACAUACUAAAGGAAAACAUCUAAAUGUAUCCCUUGUACUGUUUUAAAAUUACUAAUACUACAAUGCAGGGCUGCCCAAAGUGGGGCAGGGAUACAUAACUUUUACGCUGUUUUGUUUUUUGUAUUUAAAUAUGUAAGAUCACAAAUUAUUUUGCAUAAUCUUGAGCAUGGUGAGCAGAGUGACACUGCAGUGUUUGCUUUUGGCUCACAGCCCACCGUUAAGUUUCUGUUUUGGCCCUCCAAAGAAAAAAACAGAAAAGAGCACUCCUGCUGCAAAGCAUUGUAACUGUGGUUUGUUAUGUGAUGUUACCUGUGUAUUAUUGUAUUGUAUAUAUUAGAUAAUCCUCACUAAACUCUAUUGUUCCAUUUACAAAACAUUAUGGCUGCAGUGACUUGUAUUGAAAUGUCUUUGUUAUAUCGGAUUGAAUGUUAAAUUGUAAAUCUCCCUUCUAUAACUACAAAUUCUUGUUUAUUAUUGUCAUAAGCAUAACCAAACACCUAAAUUUAACAAUGUUCAUACUUGGUCUUACUUAUUGUUUCUUAAUUAUUUUUAUUAUAACAUUUUGUGAUAAUUCAAAAGAUUGCUAUGACGUCAAAAUAGUCUCUUCAUUUGACUGUAUGAUGUUUUUGUUCUUGUCCAUGUUACCGUUGUUUUGCUGGUAAUUCAUAUAAUUUGUCCAAUUCCAGUUAGGUAGGUCUAGUUUGGCAUUUGGCAACAGGAUAGUUGUACUAUGACCUUCCACAAAUAAAUGUAUUUUUUCUAUUUGAAAAUGGGA